CUGUUGAGUGUUGACCGGGGGCCACCCCCCAAGCUACCUCCCAAAAAUAACUAAAAUAUUUAGAAAUUCAGAUUUUUACUAAACGACACAUUAAUUGGAUGAUCCAUUGUUUCGGGCGACAAAUACUUAAUUUGGGUGAUAACUCAGCUGGCGCCGGGUUACAUUAUGCGAUGGGCUAACCCAAAAUAAAAGUACAGUGUAUCCCGAGUAGCUAGCCUAGGCCCAAGGAGGUAACUCUAACCGACAGCUCUGGCACAGAGUGGGGGCGAGAGCGACUGGUGAUGCGAACUCCUGAAUAUUUUAUUUGUUCUACUAUUUUUGUGACAGAAUACGUGCCGUUGUCUUUUAGCUAGUUUGAUAGAGCAAAUUAACGGCUGUAUCGACAUAAACAGAGAGAGAGAACCGGUGAUAAAGUAUUGUUUUGUUAUCCAACCGUCCGCUCUUUCCGUCGCCCCCCGGCCCGUGCCAGCCCGAGCGCUCCGAAUCUCACGGGGCAAAGAUACUGGCACAAAACGGGGCACGGACAGCUCUCUGCCCACUCCGUCUGGCUGUUCUACCGCUGUUCAAGCCUCUAGUCUUCCCUUGGCGGGCACCAUCGACUCUCUCCCGCUAUCCUUCGAUACCCGGUGGUGCUGGGCUAGAGCGUUAUGGCUCAGACGCUACAGAUGGCGAUCCCUAACUUUGGCAACAACGUGUUGGAGUGUCUCAAUGAGCAGAGGCUCCAGGGGCUCUACUGCGACGUCUCCGUGGUUGUCAAGGGACACGCCUUCAAGGCGCACCGGGCGGUCCUGGCGGCCAGUAGCUCCUACUUCCGGGACCUGUUCAACGCUGGAGGGAAGAGCAGUGUGGUGGAGCUACCCCCGGCCGUCCAGCCCCAGAGCUUCCAACAGAUCCUAGCCUUCUGCUACACAGGCCGCCUCAGCAUGAACGUGGGGGACCAGUUCCUCCUCAUGUACACCGCAGGCUUCCUGCAGAUUCAGCAGAUCAUGGAGAAGGGCACAGAGUUCUUCCUUAAGGUCUCCUCCCCUAGCUGUGACUCCCAGGGUCUUCAUGCAGAAGAGACUCCGCCGUCCGAGCCCCAGAGCCCCGUCACUCAAACCACAGGGGGAGGGGCUGGGGUGGUUUCCUCGGCAGCAUGUAGGCCCGCCUCCUGCCUGACACCCCUCCCCCUGGUGUUGAGGGUGAAGACGGAGCAGAGCGGGACUACGCCACAACCCACACCACAGUCACAGCAGCAGGAGGCCACGUCCUACUCGGUGGUGUGCAGCCCUGUUGCCAAGCGCCUGUGGGAGGGGGGCAACCGCGGUGACGGGGGAGGGGGGUCGGGAGGAGGGGGGUCCAGGAAAGCCGCCCGCUACUCUUCCUCCUCCGCCUCAUCAAACAACUGCAACUCCCAAGAUGCAAUGGGCAGAAAUGUUGUUAACCACAGUAACCAUAACAACAACAACAACAACAGUAACCAUAACAGCAGCAGCGUGGGGACGCCGGACGGAACGAGUCCGGGGACGCUGAGCAUAUACACCAGCGACUCGCCCCUUAGUUACCACGAUGACGAGGAGGAAGAGGAAGUGACCGACGACAGCGCCGAAGAGCAGUACAGGCAGAUCUGUAACAUGUACACAAUGUACAGUAUGCUCAAUGUGGGCGCCACAGGUGAGAGCGAGAGUUGGUGAGGUAGGAAUCUGGAGGAGCGUAGUUAUGGGGGGGGGGAAUUGAUAAAGUCACAUAUCGCAAUAUUAUUUUGGGAUGAUAUUAUACCAAUAUUUGACUCCCAAGUAUUUAUAAAAAUAAAUAAAAAAUCUAUAUAUUUUCUACCGUUCAAAAGUUUGGGGUCAC